UGGUUUUCAUUCAAUUAUAUUUUUAUUGUGUUUUGAUCAUUUUUUAUUUAAAUUUUUUAUAUUGUUAACAUAGGCUAAUGCUUAACUUUGCAUAUUACAUGUUUCUCUAUGGACAUUCAUUAUUGUUUCUCUAUUACAAGUAGAUAAUUUUCAAGUUAGUGGGAUUCAGUGGUCUUAAUAUGAGUUGUCGAAUUCAAUGGGAUGAAUUGUUAUAACAAAAAUUUAUAUCCAUUCAAAAUUUGCCUGUAAAUGACAUCAUGCUUUAAGAAAUAGACAAAUCUAUUUAAUAAAAUUAGUCUACAAAAAGAGUUAAAAAUAGGCUCCAGGGAACCUUUCUCACAUUUUUGUUUUUUAUUUCUUUAAUGUGUUCUAUAUUUUAGAAUUCUUAAAAAACUUAAGAAAAUUAAACUACAUAUAUAAUUCCUUUAAAGCACAAAUAUACUUGAACAUACAUAUAUAUAAGAAAUUGGAUGCGCACUCUGUUAUAUAUGAAUCUGACUGGCGGGAUUUAGUUUACUGGAUGGCUUUAUUGAACAUACUAGUCUCACCCUAUAUCCCCUUUCCCAGUCUAAAAUUAUUUAACCUGUUAAGCCACAAGUUGAAAAUAGUAGGAUUCAUGAUACAAUUGCCGAUUUUUUUUAUAGGGAGCUAGAUAUGGAUAAGAGUUGGAUCCAAUAUCCGCAUAGGUAUUCUAAAACAUAUAUUAAAGGACUUAGAGAAUUCAUUCGGUUGGCCCGUUCCCAUACAGAUGGAAGCAAUAGGUCAAGAUGUCCAUGCCGUAUAUGUGUGAACUUGAUAUUAAUGCCAAUUGAUGAGGUCGAGGACCAUCUAUUCACAUUCAGAAUGCAUAGAGAUUACACCCAGUGGGAAUUUCAUGGAGAGGAACAGGGAACGGAAAAUGACAAUUUUGAUGAUGAUGAUGAUAUUGAUAAUAAUUAUGUUACAGAUAAUGAAGAGGAAGGUGAUGGGGUAAAUGAAUUGGUGGAAGAUGUUUUCAUGGAGACACGUGUUCCAGAUGUGCAACAAGGAGGAACAUCUAAUAGUCGUGCACCUGGUGUGCUGGAAGAGGAAGUGAGACAUGAAAAUUUUGAAAGAUUAUUGAGAGAUGCACAACGUGAACUAUAUCCUGGUUGUCUUAAGUUUUCAAAAUUAUCUUUUCUAUUGAGGUUGUUUCAUUUAAAGGUCUUUGGUCGUUGGAAUAAUAGAUCAUUUAGUAUGACUCUUGAGUUCAUUAGGGAAGCAUUUCUGGAAACAGCUGAGACACUACCAAAGUCACAUUAUGAGGCCAAAAGAAUAAUGCGUGAACUAGGUGUUGGCUAUAUUUGUAUACAUGCUUGCAAAAAUGAUUGUAUUAUUUUCUGGAAAGAGCAUGAACAUAAAGAUAAAUGUCCGGAAUGUGGGGAAUCUAGAUAUAAAUUUAACGAAGGUAAGGGUAAGAGAAUUCCUCAUAAGGUUCUUUGAUACUUUCCAAUCAAACUGAGGCUACAAAGAUUAUUUAUGUCAAGGAAGACAGCGAAAGAUAUGAGGUGGCAUAAAGAAAAACGUGUAAAAGAAGUUGAUGUAUUCAGACAUCCAGCUAAUUCUAUGGCUUGGGAGGAAUUUGACAAAGAGCAUGAUUGGUUUUCUAAUGAUCCUCGUAAUGUUCGACUUGGACUAGCUAGCGAUGGUUUCAAUCCGUUUGGCAACAUGAGUAAUUCCUAUAGCAUGUGGCCGGUUAUGCUUAUGCCAUACAAUUUACCUCCAUGGAAAUGUAUGAAAGAACCAUUUUUAUUUAUGUCGUUGCUUAUUCCUGGACCAAAGUCACCUGGAAAUGACAUUGAUGUGUAUCUAAGACCAUUGAUUGAUGACUUGAAAGAUCUGUGGGAAAACGGUGUGGUUUCGUAUGAUGCCUCUACUGGAAAAAACUUUCGUUUGCAUGUAGCUGUGAUAUGGACUAUAAAUGAUUUUCGUGCAUUUGCAUACUUAUCCGGAUGGAUGACUAAGGGAUACAUGGCAUGUCCAGUUUGCAACGAGGAUACAUGUUCUUUAAAAUUAAAGCAUGGACAAAAGAUAUGUUACAUGUGUCAUCAUCGGUUCUUGUCGCUUAAUCAUGCUUGGAGGAAAUGUAAAAAAGAAUUUGACGGUAAGAAAGAGGAUAGGUUACCACCAAAUGAGUUAACUGGAAAUGACUUGUUGGAACAAUUGCUUGGUCUACGACCUGUCAAAUUUGGAAAGGGAGCCAACAAUAAAAAGAGAAAAUGUACUCCAAAUGAAUUGAACUGGACAAAGAAGAGCAUAUUCUUUGAGUUACCAUAUUGGGGAUCCCUUAAGUUACGACACAAUUUGGAUGUCAUGCACAUUGAGAAAAAUAUUUGUGAUAAUGUGUUGGGAAUAUUGAUGAACAUUAGUGGAAAAACCAAAGAAAAUGUGAAAGCUCGCCUUGAUUUAGAGGCAAUGAGAAUUAGAAAAGAGCUGCAUCUUAUUCGGAAUGGAGAUAAAUUUAUGAUGCCAUCAGCACGCUACACUUUGUCAAUAGAAAAACAAAGGAGCUUUUGUGAAUGGUUGAAGUCGGUGAAGUUUCCAUAUGGAUAUGCAUCAAACAUAUCUCGAUGCAUACAUGUUAAAGAGUGUAAGAUCUUUGGCUUGAAAAGUCAUGAUUCACAUGUUCUUGUGCAACGUCUUCUACCUAUUGCAAUUCGUGGGUACUUGGAUGUUGAUAUUUCCAAUGCAUUAAUUGAGUUGGGAUUUUUUUUCAAAGAGUUGUGUUGUAGGACUUUGAAAUUGGAAAUCCUUGAGCAAUUAGAAAAAGACAUUGUGGUUACACUUUGUAAGUUAGAAAUGAUCUUUCCUCCAGCAUUUUUUGACGUAAUGGUUCAUUUAGCUGUUCAUUUGCCACGUGAAGCUAUCCUUGCAGGACUUGUGCAAUAUAGAUGGAUGUAUCCAAUUGAAAGGCGUUUUAAAAUUUGUAUUCUUAUAUUUUCUGUUGUUGUUUAAUUUAAAUCUAUAAUGCCUUUAAAUUAAUUAUUGGUGUGGUAACAUAUGUAAAUAGGUUUCUUUUCACUCUAAAACAAUAUGUACGAAACAAAGCUCAUCCGGAAGGUUCAAUUGCUGAGGCUUACAUAGAUAGUGAAUGUAUUAAAUUUUGCUCUAUGUAUCUCGGAGGGGUUGAGACAAGAUUUAAUCAAGAAAAACGAAAUUGUGACAGAGGGCAUCAACAAGGAGAUUUCUCUGUUUUAAGACCAAUUGUUCAUCCAUUGGGAUCUGAAACUUAUGAGAUAAUGGAUAUGACUGAUCUCGCUAAAGCUCGAUUUCAUGUGCUUAAUAAUUGUGACGAAAUACAACCUUAUUUUGAGUAAGAACAAGAAUUAUAUCCAUAUAGUUAUAUUGCAUAUGACUUUUUUUUUUUUAUACAUUAACAUAGCAUAUGUUAAUUAUAUAGAAAGCAUAUGGAAGAUCUACAAAGAGAAGAUCCGAACAAUGUACAACUAAGGCAUACACAACAAUUCACUAAAUGGUUUGAAGAACGAGUAAGUAUUUGUUUAGGUUAUGUGGAACCAUUAUGUGUAAUAUACAUAUAAAUAUAUAAAUUUUAUUAAUGAAACUAAGGAUUAUUCAUUUUUUAUUUCUGUUAAUAGAUCCAACAACUCCAUCAAAAUGACCCGUCCAAAGUGAGUGAUGAUUUGUAUUCAUUGGUAUGUGGACUGGACGAAUGAGUAAAACGAUACAAUGGUUGCAUUGUCAAUGGAAUUCAAUUCCAUGGCAAGGAAUGGGAUGAUUAUCAAAAAACUCAAAAUAGUGGUGUCGUUGUGGAAGGACAACACGAGUCAGAAAAUAUUGAAUUCUAUGGUGUCAUAGUAGAUGUUAUAGAGUUAGAAUAUUGUUGGGGAGACGGGUUUUUCUUUUCAAGUGUGAUUGGUGGAAUAUUGGCAGAAAGAAUGGAAUGCGCAAAGAUUCCCAUUCGAUCACUAUUGUUAAUGUCUCUCAGAAAUGGUAUGAGAAUGACCCUUUUGUUCUUGCAUCCCAGGUUCAACAAGUUUUUUAUGUAAGUGAUACUAAAUUAUGUGGACAAUGGUAAGUAGUGCAGAAAAUCCAACCACGAAAAUUGUUUGAUGUUGCCGAGGUGGAAGAUGAAAGUGAAGCUAUGAAAAGUGAUACUCUUGAUGCCUAUCAAGAAUAUGAACAAUGUGAAGUUGAUCGGGUUAUCCCAAAUGUGGAGGAUGUGGAUAUGUUGCCUUUUGAAUAGGGAUGUCAUGUUGUUGGACAAUAUUGAUGUUGAUAUUGUUCAUGGUAACAUGACAUUAGAUGAAGGAGAUGAUAAUUUUUUUGAUGAUGACACUGAAGGAGAAGAAGAUAUAUCUAUCCAUUACAGUACAGAUGAGGAAGUAACAAUGCUCAGUGAUGAUGACACUGAUGCAGAUGAUAUAAUGUAACCUUCAUCCACGAUUGGUGGAUCAAAGAUGAAGCCUUUUCUAUAGCUAUUUCUAUUGCAUGUUUGGGAUCUUCUCUAUAUCUUUAGUCUUACUUUAUUAGACUUGUUAGCCAUUGUCAGUGCUUAAUGUUUUGUAAUAGUUCAUCUUUUAUUUUUGGUCUUUAUUGGAAAUAGGUUUCUCCAUCUUUGUUUUGUAAUGGAAAGGGAGGUAUGUCUCCUCUUUUUGUAAUUUUAUUUUUCAUAUAUAAAAUCAUUCCUUUCAUGAAAAAAAAAAAUGUAAUCUUAAUUCAUCAUGUACCUUGGUAAGCUUCUGUUUCAUGAGUUAAUGUUGAAAUGUAUUGCAACUUUUAAUAUUUCUUUUCAUAGUAUGCAGAUUUUCGGAAUAUAUGGCUCCAGGUCGUAGAUCACCGAAAGUUGUCACAUGUUCUUCUGCGGAUCCCAUUCCACUUACCGCAAGUCCAGAUGUUGUUGCUCUAUCCACUGACUCUCCUUCGGAACCCAGUCCACUUACCACGAGUCCAAAUCUUGUGGCUUCAUCCACCGACUCUUCUUCUGAUUGGGUUCCUCCAAUAUUUGUAAAGCGUCGAGGAAAAUCAAAGAACUGUUCACUAAAUACCUAUCGGAGUAAGAACAAUUUAGUCUUAAUAGAAAUUGAGAUUCUACCAGGAAUGUGGAAGCCUGUCAAUGGUUGGAGCAAAGAGUGGACAACUGAAUUAGGAAUCCAGGUUCGGCAACAUGCGCCAUAUCAUAAGAAUUGGAAGCAUAUACUGCAAGCUAAGAAAGAGUUGAUUUAUAAAAUUAUAAAGGGUAAAUUCAAAAUGAGAUAUGAGGAAUCCCAUAUCAUGAGAUGUAUUGAUAAGCAACUGAAAAAACAAUUGAAGGAUUUCAGAUGCAGGCUACAUAGACAUUUUCUCAAGUUUUCCCCAGAGGAGGUGCACUCUCAUCCUUAUAAAUCUGUCACUCAAGAAAACUGGGAUCUUGUAUGCAAUAGGUUUAUGUCUGAACAAUUUAAGCGAGCAAGUAAGACAAACAAAAAGAAUAAGGAAAAGAACAAAGUCCCGCAUCGUGGUGGAUCGAAAUCAUUUGUUCGAUGUCGUGAAGAGCUGCGGGAUGCCGAAACACAACAACUUCCUAGCAGGAUCAAACUCUAUGAGAAGACACAUUUUCAUCCGGAUAAAGGCUGGAGCUGUCCACGUGCUAAAGAGCUUUAUGGAAAGAAACCUUUUAUUAUUAUUUUUUUUUCUAUCCUUCCAUGUAUCAAUCUAUUGCUCUAACAAAAUUUACCAUUAUUUGAAUUAUAGGAUACCAUGGUUGCAAAACUCCAAGAAUCUCAAUCAGUUGGAGACAAUGAUUCUCCAAUGAUUGAGGGAUGAUAUUGUAGAUGAAGUUCUUGGUACGACAUCAACUUAUGUCGGUGGCCUCGAACAUGGCAUGAUAGCUCCAUCUUCUAAUUCUAGCCUACGUGAGCAAAUCUUGGUGGCUAACAAGAGAAAUGUUAUAUUGGAGUCCGAAAUUGAAGCUCUUAAGAGGGAUGCUAUGGAGAAAAAUGCUCUUCUAGAGUUAGAAACUGAAAACGCUAAUAGAGAGGCUUCAGAUGCUAAAAGAGAGGCUGCCAAAGCUAUAGAGCAAUGCAACAAAAUGGCUGAAAUGUAUAAGGCCAUCAUGGAAAAGCUCAACAAUACUAACUAAAGGUUGGACCGGAAUGUAGGUAGGAAGCUCUUUUUGAUUCGCCAUAUUUAUAGGGAACUUUUGAUCACAAGUCAGUGCCUCCAAUUGCUUCAUCACCAUCUUUUGCUGCUCCAAUCAAGCAUGUUAGUGAUAAUGCAAUUGACAUGCCAUGGGUAUUUGUAAUGGAGUUGUUUUGGAUAUAAUUAAGUCUUAUUUUGUUAUAGAUUUGCUUUAAAUAUAUUAUGUAAUAUUUGUGUAUAGGUAGGACUUGUAGUAUAUAUAUAUAUAUAUAUAUAUAUAUAUAUAUAUAUAUAUAUAUGUUAGGAGUAUGGUAGGAUAGUUUUUGUUAAAUGGCAGGAUAGUUUUUGUUAAAUGUCCAUAUAUUUUGACUCUUGUUA